UCACUGUUAAAAUUCUACCGAGCGGACUUUCUGUUAAAAGAUUUCGAAUCUUUUAGGGAUACGAUGAAUUAUUUCGAAAUAAUUUUAUCAUCUUGUUUUUUCGCUGUUAGUAUGCGUACCUGAUACUUAUGAUAUUCCGUGUAGGUGAAGCAGAUGCAAUUAGACAAUCUUUAAAAGAUGUGGGUAAAUCCAUACAUCUUGUAGCCGGCAAGCGGCGAAGAUACUAGACGCAUACUAUAUUCAAUGGAGUGGACUGUAUUCUUGUGAUUUUUCGCUUGAAAUAGAUUUUACCGUAUCUUCGAUUUGCGAGAAAAUUUUUAUUCCGAGUCUAGUUAAGUGUGUAAUCUCUACAGCGUAUAUCAUAUCAUGGCCUCGUCAAAUAGAAGAAUUCAAAUCGGCUCUGCUUGGUUUCAAACAAAGAUUAACCUAAGACCACAGCGUCGAGGUAUCCAUCACGUUACCGAGGAAAUCUUAAGAAGAAUUCCUGAACUCUGCGAAUUUUCAGUCGGACUUUGUCAUAUACAAAUUCUUCACACAUCAGCAAGUUUAGCACUAAAUGAAAAUUGGGAUCCAGAUGUUAGAGAUGAUGUAGAAAUGAUGCUUAAUAAAAUAGUUCCUGAAGGUUUGGCCUAUAGACACAGUUGUGAAGGACCAGAUGAUAUGCCAGCGCAUGUAAAGGCAUGUUUUCUGGGCUCUUCAUUGAGUAUUCCAAUUACUGAUGGCAAAUUGACUUUGGGUACGUGGCAAGGAAUUUGGUUGUGUGAACAUCGUAAUGAUGCUGGAAGUCGCAAAGUAGCUAUUACAUUGACGGGUUGUCUCAGGGAUCCUGCACGUAGUCCUUUGAGCCCUGUUAGUCCUAUUGCUUCUACUAGCAGCUAGGACCACUCACACCCCCAAAGGCGUAGCAAACGUCAGCUGCGCAUAUCUACAUCCAGUGAUUCAAGCUAGCAGCUGCUUAACCUUAGACAAAUUCUAAGAGUAUAAUUUAGAAAAGAGUGUAUGGAUACUUCAAAAAUAUAUAAAUAUUACAUUUUCUUAUAUCCACUCAUUAUCACAAAUUUCCAGCAUUUUUUAUAAUGGCAUAACUUGUAAAAUCAUAAAAUUAAUUGACAAUAUUUAUUAAUAUUCUUAUGCUUAUCUCAUAUAUCUUGUAUUUUUUUAUACAUAUAAAUAUAAUAUAUUUAUUACUUAUAUUUGAAUAAGUACAUAAACAUUUAGUAAAUGUACAUUUUAUGAUUUUAUUUAGGUUACAUAGAGACAUUUCUCUUUAAACUGAGUUAACAGUAACUAUCCAAAAAUGUGGUUCAUUGAAUAUAUAAUGUUGUUCAGUACUUAUAAACUGCCAAGGCAAUUGUAUAUUAUAUGCAUUCAGAAAUAAAUAUAAACGAA